AUGAACAGACCAUCCUGGGUCGUUGUUUCUCUUUUCCUCUUCCGGGUCUUAGUCGACUUCAUUGGCUGUUGUUCAGCGAGCCCCACCACCACCUCCUCAGAAUGCUGGCUGGACUACUCACAGAUCCGUCACACUACACUCCCACGGGACCUGGAGUCCGACUAUGGGCCCACGCUGGAAGAAAUUGGUGCCGGCACAUCAGGUUCUGUAUUCUUGCUUCUGCGGCGCGCCGACAAUGCUACGGUAGCGGUCAAACGGUUCCACAACACCGACGCGGUCGCCGAUCGGCAUGACUUGUUCAUGCAGCGAGUCAAACUGGAGUAUCAUCUGGGAACGCUGAUCAACGGCCAUGGCGGCAUCGCAGAGACUCACGAGCUGCUCCUGGAAGAACGAUCCUCGACCUGGUUCUUGGUGACGGAGUUCUGUCCCCGGAGCCUGGCACUGGAGCGUCGCUCCACCGGGCUGGAAUCGCUCACAGCGAUAUUCCGCGGGAUUCUCGCGGCCGUGGAGCACAUGCACAACAGGGGUAUAGCCCACGGGGACCUCAAGAUCGAGAAUGUGCUUCUGACGGCCGACGGAAGACCCAAGCUGAUCGACUUUGGAGCAGCCACCUUCUCGGAAUGUCCGACAGAAACCCCCGGGUCAGAAAAUACGGUCAACGUCGUCCCGGGAGACUAUGGCACUACAGCUUACAUGCCCCCAGACGUCUUCACACAGCUCGAGUUCGACAAGGCGAAAGCCGAUGUGUGGGCCCUCGGGGUGUUGUUCUACGUGAUGAUUACGGGAUCCAUUCCAUGGGCGUCUGCCUCCCUCAACGACCCUCGCUACCAGGCGUACGUGACACAGAACGCGGUCGACGACAUCGGUUACACCUCCUCAGACCAUUGUCCGAACUGGGAAAAAUCGACGAUGCAACUCCAGGCCUGUUCCACUGGAGCUUUUCAUUUGCUACAGAAAUUGCCUCCUCAGGCCAGGGAUAUGGUUGCCUCGAUGCUAGUGCCUGAGCCACUGGAGCGGCCAUCACUCCAGACUCUGUUAGCAUCUUUGGCUGAGCGGUGA